AUGUUUGUUCUACUGCUCGCCGCGGGCGCAGCAGUAGCAGCCCGCAACUUGGUCCCCUUCCAGCUCUCGAUUUCGGACCAGUCACCGCUUGUCCAGUUCAGUGCGACUGGUCCAACAGGAUGGAACUCUUCAUUCUCGAGGUCGUCAUGGGCCACCUACACCCAAGGCCAGGCGGGAAUGGGCUCAUCAUGGCACUCGAUCAACACUUCGGACUGGGGUUCUUACGCGCGGCCCAAUUUCUCCAUCAGCAUUUCCGCCUCGGAUAUCAUCGUGAUGGGCGAUGUCAACGGUUCUCCACCGGCUGAUAACUCGAUUAACGCAACGAUCACCGAGUAUCCACAAGCGGAGACCAGUACCGGUACCGGUCCGAGCAGUGGAGGGAAUACCACUGGUGUCCCUGCAUCCCAGGGCGUCAAGCUAGCUCCAGGUCAAUUGGCGCGCCUGAGCAACCUCGACGAGAAUAAGCCGUUCUCGGUCGGGUUCACCAUCACGGAUGCUCUACCUGGCGUGUACAACGUGCGCGGGUUCGUCGUCACGACUGGUCUUUUGAGUGACGCAGAGACCUUUGACAAAGUACCGCAAUCCACCGAUUCGUUCGUCGUCGACGGUAAAGCCAAUCCCGAAUUCAAGGUGGAUGGAUCGGCUUGGACCGUCAAUACUUCCACCAUCUAUGACGACUGUGAGUACGACGGUUGUGUUGUGCUCAAGCCAGCUACUGCUCGCAAUGUGACAGAACUCUUCUGUCCCCAAGGAGAUCAGAACGCAAACGUGACCAUCAACGUCCCUCCCCGAACGGCUUUCGCCCUUGUCAACGGUACAGUUGGGCCUGAUCGAUCUGUCGCCAACUAUCACUGGACUCCUGCACCCCCGAACGUGAGUUUAAUGGACUUGCCGGGCGAGGACACCAGCACCCCUUGGGUGUCUGGACAAGUUCUGCACGCGCAGCGCUUGGACCCGGACGUCAACUACGUUCUCAAUGUUACGCAGUCGAGAUUGGGCAGUGUGCAUCUGGACAAGGUGACGUUUUACAGUGCCAAUGCGACUGAGGCCCCUGAUAAUGGUCAGACACCCGUAGGCACAAUCGUUGGUGGUGUCUUGGGUGGUGUUGGCGGUGCUUUCCUCCUCGCCAUCCUUGGCUUCUACUUGUGCUUCUGGCGACCUCGCAAGCACCGUGAGAGAGAGGCAGAAGCGGCACUGGAGAGGAACAACGCUGGCUUCAUUCCUUUCGGCACCAACGACGGUGACGGCGGGCAAGAGCCACUAAUGCAGGAGACGGACGCCGGUAGCGUCGUUCUUCCUCCUCAGUAUAACCCCGAGUGGGGCGCCGCCAGCGGGAGCGUGCAAGGGACAUCUGGCUCGCACAUUUCGACCAUGAACAAGUCGCAUCUCUCCCUCCAGGCGUCAGACUCCAAAUCAGCCACGGGCGUCCUCACGCCUCUUGCGCCGUGGAAGGAGCCGUAUGUCAACAGGACAUACGCUCAGGAGGCCGCUCCGCCGAGCGCCGUGCAUACACCUACUGACGCUCGAGGGCCUUUGGCACGACUGCCGCCUGGAGCAGCGCCAGUCUAA